UGGACUUUUAGGUAUAUGGAUCUGCAGCCACGUUUACUUGUAUUCUUAUUUGAAUGAUGUUUGAAUGUAAAAUUUGAUUAAAUCUUUAAAACAAUAAUAAUUCACUAUUUUUAACAUAAAUCUAAGUAAUAAGUAGGAUUAAACAUUAAACAUAAACUAAAUGAAAGAGAGGAAGACCGAUGACCGACCUUAACCUCAUUCUUUUAUACAAGAAAAUAACGAAUUUUUCAAACCGAUAAGAACCCAAAUAUGCUGUGACAAAAAGAAAAUGUUGGAAGAAGUUAUUGGGACCAUUAGUCUUAUUAAAACAACAAUCAAUUAUGGACUGUACUUCAGUUUUAAAACUGGUCAAUUUCUAGUGUUCAUUUUGAACAGCCUAUUAAGUAAUUUAAAUAUCCUACUGAAGAAUAUCAGUGUCCUGAUCGUUAUUAUAUUUGAAUCGUUCACUGUGUUUUUGCAAGACAUUCUUCAAGGUAUUCAAGUGACUGUCGAUGUUUUAGGACAAAUAUGGGACACUAUAAGCUUUGGUUUUUCCUCAGUGAUUAUUGGGGUGACUAACAUUGUUUAUAAAGUACUUUCUGUGAUAUAUAGGACAUAUGCAUUAUUAAUCGACUCUACAGUUAGUUUUUAUACACUAAUUAUAGCCAUAAUUCAAUUAAUUAAGCAUUUUAUAGUGUUGUUUGGUGCAGGAGUAUGGUUCGUAAUCACAAUAAUUCCAUUUUCAAUCAUCAGUUUACUAAAUUUAAUUGCUACUGCCAUAAAAAGUGUUCUCCACAACAUUUACGACACAAUAGUGACCACAGUUUUAGGUUUUAAUGAUUGUUUAAAGAAUAUUUACAUUUUUGUGACUGACGUUCCUGUGGAAUCUGCAAUAGGUUUGAUCUUUGCAGCAUGUAUAAUAUAUGUAAUCACACAAUUUAACGUAGCCAUAUAUCUGUAUUCCAGACGUGUAUAUUUAAAUUCAAUGAAUAGAUUUAGGAGACCAUUUGUAGCACCAGUAGUUCGAAGGCAACCUCUUAGAAAUGAAAGGAAUUAUCUUAAUUUGCCUAUGAACAGAAGACCUGAAGUUAGAAGAAGCUUAGUUUUACCUGAAAUUAGAAGAAGUUUAGUCUCACCUGAGAUUAGAAGUUUUGUUGGGGAAGCUACCCCAAAUAUGCCAAAUAAAAAUGAUAAUACAGUAGUUGAUGAAAGGUAUUGUGUGAUAUGCCAAGAGCGUAGUAAAUGUGUUCUGGUACUGCCAUGUAAACAUGUAUGCAUGUGUAUGGAGUGUAAUGCUCAAUUACAGCUGUACCAUACUACCUGUCCAAUUUGUAGGAAUGAUAUUGAAAGUACUAUGAAAAUAUUUGUAUAAUUUGAUAAUAAUGUAUUUCAAUAAUUUUUAUUAUAAUAAAGUUUUAUAUGUGUUCUUAAAAUA